AUGAGCAAACAAGGAAACCAAGAAUUACCACCAUUGGGUGAAUUAGGCAAUAUUGCCAGAGAAGCAUCUGAUCAAAAUAUUGAUCCAAAAACACCUCUCAAGGACGCAGAAAACAAGGUUCGUGAAGAAUCCGAAGGAUCGGCCAAAUUCGAAAAUCAGAAGGCACCAGGGAAAUUUGAAGGAGAACAUAACAAAGGAAAGUUUGAAGAGGGAAAGAAUCCUGAUACAAGCGGAAAGUUUGAGGGAAAAUUUGAAUCGAAAGACAAGGGGGACUUGGGCAAGUUCGAAUCUAAGGAUAAAGACAGCUUAGGAAAAUUUGAAUCAGCCGAUAAAAAGGACUUGGGAAAAUUCGAAGGUAAAUUUGAAUCGAACGAAAAGGACAGGCUAGGCAAGUUUGAAGGUAGCUUUGAACAGAAAUAG